AUGAGUGAUAAAGUCAAGGUGUUUUUCUAUGGUAGCCACCUGUUCUCUGGUAAUCGACAGGAGCAACUGGUACGUCUGGCCCUGGAGUCGUUGCCCUACCUCGACAUAAAGGUUGAGGAGAUAUUGAUCAAGUCGGAUCUGCACGAUACGACUUACGGAGACGGUGUUACCAUAAACGGCCACCUUCAGGACGAGCCGGUCUUUAUUGGCAUCGAGGUGAAGAAGGGUUCGUCGAAGGAACCCUGCAACUCCAUGUCUACUUUAUUUAUUGAAAUACGGGAAUCCAUCAAAUUUGCUUGGGCUGUCAAGAUUGUUGCAAAUGCAGGCGUUCACUUCGUUAUUCCCCGUGCCAAACAAACGUUCUCAGACGCCAUAAACGUCCUUUGA